AUGAAAGAAAUUCCACAUUCAGAAAAUAAGCAAAUACCAUUAUGGCUCAUCAAGAGUCUUCAAUUAAUGGAACUAUUAAAGAUGCUGCGUGAAGAAGUCAACUCUUACGAUGAGCAAUCAAGGUUAACGUCAAAACCUAAAGGUAAUGUCAAUCAAAUUUUAGAUGAUUUUAUUGAACAAUGCUUUGAUAAUGCCUCAAAUGACAUUAACUCUCCUUUCUCUUCGUUCUUAGAACAAACAGAUUAAGAUCAUUACAUAACAAAGAGAGGUAAUGGCUGCUCUUUUUAAAAUGGUCUUAAAGUUUUUAAGUGUAAAGAAUGCUCUGAAGAUUUCAGUACGCCAUAAAGGUUAGGAAACCACACCUCGAAAAGGCAUCUUAGUAUUGAAAGAAAAAAGAAACAGAUCAAAAAAAAUUGA